AUGUUUCUCUUCCUCUUCUUUCUCUUCUCCUCCAUUAUUAACCCCUCUCUUCAAACAAACUCACUCUCACUUUCUUUCCCUCUAACCUCACUCUCUCUCCCCAAAAACACUUCCUCAAAAUUGCUCUACACAUCUCAACUAUUCUCAACUCCAAAACGCAACAUUAACAACAACAACACACAAAUCAAACAGCCUUCUUAUAACUACAAAUUCUCCUUCAAAUACUCCAUGGCUCUCAUCGUUAACCUCCCCAUUGGAACACCACCGCAGGUUCAACCAAUGGUGUUGGACACAGGUAGCCAACUCUCGUGGAUUCAGUGUCACAAAAAACAACCUCCAACGGCUUCGUUUGAUCCUUCUCUCUCCUCCACUUUCUCUAACCUCCCUUGUACUCACCCUCUCUGUAAACCACGAAUUCCCGAUUUUACCCUCCCAACUUCCUGUGACCAGAAUCGCCUCUGCCAUUACUCAUACUUCUACGCCGACGGCACUUACGCGGAGGGUAAUCUCGCCAGAGAAAAAUUCACAUUCUCUCGUUCCGUUUCUACCCCUCCUCUCAUCCUCGGUUGCGCUACAGAAUCUACCGAUCCCAGGGGUAUUUUAGGAAUGAAUCUUGGACGGUUAUCCUUCGCUCAUCAAUCGAGAAUUACGAAAUUCUCAUACUGUGUACCCACUCGUCAAACCCGACCCGGGUUUACCCCAUCCGGAUCUUUCUACAUCGGUAACAACCCGAACUCGAAAUCGUUCAAGUACAUCAAAAUGUCGAUUUUCCCGGAGCGUCAACGCAUGCCGAAUCUCGAUCCAUUAGCCUACACCAUCCCAUUGGUCGGAAUAAGCAUCGGCGGGAAGAAGCUCAGCAUUUCACCGGCGGUUUUCCGUGCGGACGCUGGCGGGUCGGGUCAAACGAUGAUUGACUCCGGAUCCGAGUUCACUUAUUUAGUUGGGGAAGCUUAUGAUAAAAUGCGGGCAGGAGUAGUUAGAGCUGUGGGGUCAAGAAUGAAGAAAGACUACGUGUACGGCGGAGUGGCUGACAUGUGUUUUGAUAGUAAAAAUGCGGUUGAGAUCGGACGGUUGAUAGGUGAGAUGGUGUUUGAAUUUGAAAGAGGUGUGGAGGUUGUGAUUCCGAAGGAGAGAGUACUUGCUGACGUGGGAAGUGGGGUCCACUGUGUUGGGAUUGGAAACUCUGAUAAAUUAGGUGCGGCGAGUAACAUUAUUGGGAAUUUUCAUCAGCAAAAUCUAUGGGUGGAAUUUGAUCUGGUCAAUCGUAGGGUAGGUUUCGGUAGGGCUGAGUGCAGCAGAUUGGCGAAGUAG